UACGUGGUCUAGAUGCACCCUUCAGGCUUGUACCACAUUAUGCUUAGGUAAUUCUGCAGCUGAACGUGAGAAUAUUUGAAAUGGCAGAGCCUCAGCCUCGUGCAAAUCGUUGUCGUUUGCACUUUGCGUGAAUAAUUCCAAUCACAAUAACAGCUAGUAGCAGAUUUGAAGUACAUAUAUAUCCAGACAUGGCGGCUAAAUUGCACAUAGGUUGGAUGAGUAAGUUAUUCUGUCCUCGGCACAUCGUCAAGGCAGCCCACGUCAAGGAUGGCCUCCAGGUUGACAUCGCAUUACAGGACUCGUUCCGUUCUUAGGCUAUCACCACGUGCUUAUGAUACUGCUGAUGAUUGGAAUUGUGUUCUUGUGUAAGUAAUGGUUUUGCCUCAUACAAAGAUCCAAGUCAAAUCUUCACAAGUGGGUAACACGUCUUCACAGCGGUCAUGGUAGCUGGAUGUACGACAUCGAAUAACCUUCAUAAUGUCUACAUCUUGUCUCUAUCAUAUGUUCCAACAGCGAAAAUAUCAUCGUCACCCUCCCCAGUUCAGCUCAAUGGGAACAUCAGCAGCACCUUCUCAAAUAUCGCAUCCACCCAUAGCAGCCUCACAGUCAGGGUUAGCUACCUCGGGAUUUGCAUCUCACAGGUUGACUCGCAGUGGAUGUGCUCAAGUAAUGCGCGGACACUUUCUAGUCUAAUAAAGCUGUAUGGGGGUGUGAGGAGUGGUGAGCAAGAUCCUCUCAACUUAAUUUGGAUAGCGGGGAAGUUUAAGGAUGAAGUCUUGUUCUCCGGCUUGCUGCUAACUGCAAUCCCACUCGGUUUUCUCACGAUUCUUCUGCUCGCCACCUUUCCCGGAUGGCAUGAAGAGGUCGACGACGAGGGAUCAGAGCGAGAGGUCAAGCCGUUUCCUUCCCGACCUGUCAUUAAAUUAGCUCUUGGAGCUCUCAUACUUGGGGCACUCUUUUGCUUCAUUUCUGUCAUGCUUCAACACGUCGCUGGCGCUGCAGGGUCGGCUUUGGUGGAGUCAUUAUCGUACGGUACUGUGAGAGCGAAGGUCGGCACAACUUCCAUGGUCAUUGGCUGGGGAGGAGAAUUGCUUUAUGUUCUUGCAACUAUUGGACUACUGAUGUUGGCUUUGUCAAUUAGCAAUCUCAUGAGGGCGGUCGACGAUUGAGACGUUGAGAUUCCUAGAUGACGAGAUGUGAAGGGGGUUUAUAUAUCCAGAUAUCUUGGUUACAUUGCCUCUCGAAAAUUUCCGUUACUUUAGUAAUUCAAAUCAGCCGGCCUCGUGUUUAGGCGAAGAGCAGGUGCCAACAAUGAAAGAGUCAAUAA